UUAUCCUCUUCAACCUCCGGCUCUCUGCCCCCAUUUCCCGCGGCUGCUCCGCCGCGAGAAGGCCUCGUCGCUCCCCCUCCUCGCCGCGCCGCCGCCGUUGCUUUGGCGAGAUAGCUGCUCCGAUGGCGGCGGUCAAGGUCCCCUCAAUGGAGCUGCACCGCCCCCCGCCGUUCCGCUCCGGUGGCCGAGGAAGAAGUUGCUUUCAGAAGCCUUUCCUUGUCCAAGCAAAGAGAUUACAGGGAUUGGAGAAGGCAAACACAAGGCAAGGAAAGCAAAGUCCGGAACAACUAAAGAAAAGAGCGCCGCUGACCCCUGGGACAGUGAGUCCACCUCUACCAGUACCAGGGCACAUACUUCGACCUCCUUACGUUGGUAAAAAAGAUGCCCCAGAGAUAGCAAGUGAGAUACAAAUGCAUGACAAAGAGAGCAUCGUUCACAUGAAAGCUGCAUGUGAGCUUGCUGCCCGCGUUCUUGAAUACGCAGGAACAUUAGUGAAACCCUCUGUAACAACAGACGAAAUUGAUAAAUCAGUGCACAAGAUGAUCAUUGAUGCUGGAGCCUAUCCAUCCCCGCUUGGAUAUGGGGGGUUUCCAAAAAGUGUGUGCACAUCUGUGAACGAAUGCAUCUGCCAUGGAAUUCCUGAUUCUCGCAAACUGCAGGAUGGAGACAUAAUUAAUAUCGAUGUUACUGUCUACCUGAAUGGCUAUCAUGGGGACACCUCAAAGACUUUCCUAUGUGGAGAAGUAGAUGAAGGCAGUAAACGACUUGUGAAGGUUACUGAAGAGUGCAUGCUCAGGGCUAUAUCAGCUUGCAAACAUGGUACCAGCUUUAAGAAAAUUGGCAGAAGAAUAAGCGAGCACGCUGGGAGGCACGGAUUUGGUGUCGUGGAGCAGUUUGUUGGGCACGGAGUUGGGAGAAUAUUUCAUUCAGAACCAAUCAUAUACCACCAGCGUAACAAUAUGCCAGGUCAGAUGGUUGAAGGCCAGACAUUCACAAUAGAACCGGCCCUAACCAUGGGAAGCAUCGAAUGCAACAUGUGGGACGAUGGCUGGACGGCCGUCACGACGGACGGCAGCCUAGCCGCGCAGUUCGAGCACACAAUACUGAUUACCAAGACCGGGGCAGAGAUCCUCACGAAAUGCUAGCAAGAUGGCCGCAUUCUCUUCAGCUGAUGGUUUUAGCUAAUUACUAAGUCGUAGGCAAAACAAGAAAUAUAAUUAGCUUAUGAUUAAUUAAAUAUCAUUCAUUGAAAACUUGUAAAUUAAAUUAUUUGA